CAAAGCCCUUUGGAACAUGGCCGCAGGCGCAAAAUAAAGCGGGAUGCUGUAGAUAUUCCCAAGAAGGGUGUUGCAGGGCUACGGCUAGAUCCUGAACCGGUCACUCCGGUUGAAAUGGCAUCCCAGUCUCAGUCUUCAUCAUUUGGUACUUUGUCUCUUCCUCCGAUUAGAUCCUCAACCAUUCUGGGACACCGUCUCUCCAAUUCUUUCUCCUCUUCACUCACUACCCUAGAAGAGUCUUUGUCUCAGCUCUUAGUCAACCAAACAGAGGAGAAGGAGGAGGUGGAAGGAGAUGAAAAGCUUCAGACAUAUGAGUUUGGACCUGUCUGCAGAGAAAGGGAAUAUGGCAGCGAAAUUGAGAGCACGGUCGAGUCAGUGUCACAGAGAAGACGGACGCCAAUAAGACCGAGUCAACCACCCAGAAUACCACCCAGGGGCAGACCCUCCAACCCUGCACUCAAGAAAUCCAGAUAGACUGUAUUGUGACUGACUGGUAACUGCAGCUGAACAACUGGUCCUCCCACUCCUGCAUCUCAGAGUCAAAGUUGUCCAUCAGCUCUGGCCUCUCCUGUCCCCAGCCACGACCUCUGUGUUCCAACCCACGCUCCAGAUCAAUGGCUGCCAUGACGUAGGUCGCUAAAU